UCCUAUUUUUCCUUUUCUCUCUUCGUGUUGUUUAGUUGCAGUCUUCAGUACACGAUCAAAUCAAUAAUGUCACAACCCCCACCAAUGCCGCCACCAGGUGCUUUUCCACCAGGCAACAUGCCUAGACCACCAUUUCCUUCACCAGGAGCUGCAGGAAGACCUCCUCCACCAGGCGGUAUGCCACCACCCGGUUUCAAUUUCCCACCAGGAGGAAUGCCACCACCUGGAUUUCUUCCUAAUGGUCCAGCGGGUUUCCCACCCAAUACAGCAGGAAUGCCUUCUUUACCGCCUCACACAGCAGGAGCACCCCCUUUGAACAUACCUCCCAACAAAAAAAUUUUAAAUACAACACCUUGCCGUACGGUUUAUGUCAGCAAUCUGAAUGAAAAAGUGAAGAUCGAUGUGUUGAAAAAUUCUCUACGUACAUUGUUUAAACAGUUCGGCGAAGUAUUGGAUGUUGUAGCUCACCGCAAUAUUAGAGCGCGUGGACAGGCUUAUAUUGCUUAUCCCGACGUCGAAAGUGCGGAAAAGGCCAUUAAAGAAUUACAGCAUUUCAUAUUAUAUGAUAAGCCUAUGGUUGUGCAGUUUGCUCACAACAAAUCCGAUGUGCAUGCGAAGCAGGAUGGAGAUUGGGAUACACAUUUUGAGUCACGUAAGAAAAGAAAAGAAGAAGUAUCUAAGCUGCCUUUGCCUGGAGCUCAUAAGCCUACAUUCAAACCUGGCCGUUUGCCACCUGGUGCGGUUCCUAUGAAUCCUACAGCAAACAUUCCAGAUGAAUACUUACCACCUAACAAGAUUCUUUUCUUGCAAAACUUACCAGAAACCAUCACUCAGGAGCAACUCAUCGAGCUAUUCCACAAAUUUCCUGGCUUCAAAGAAGUGCGUACUAUUCCUGCCAAAAAAUCUAUUGCAUUUGUAGAAUAUGACAAUGAACUGCAGUCAGCUGUUGCGAAAGCAGAAUUGCAUAACCAUUCAUUUGGACCUGACCAGCAAAUGAAGGUUACAUUUGCCAGAAAGUAAACGCCCAGCUUUCUUAGAGCAACUGCAUUUAUAUAUGUAUUCCUUUCCGUUAUUUGAGACAUUGCACGACGUCCUCAGUUCAGCUUCUGAUGUUUACCCGUGUAUAUAAAUAUAGUGUCUUAUUGACUCUUGAAAUAAUCGUAAUAAAAAGGCUAUUCAAUUUUUGCUUUGUUGAAUAAUUUUGACAAUCAAGUCUUGAAAAUGAAGGCACGAAAAACCGGCUCGGCUUGGAUGCAUAGAUGAGGGCUGAUAUAGACGAUUUAUGUCAAC